AUGCAUAUCUUCUUCUUCUUCUUCUUCUCUUUGUUUCUCUGUUUUGUUCUGAUCUCAUCUCAGACUCUUGACGACGACAAGAAAGCUUUGCUUACUUUCUUGUCUCAUUUCAAUUCGUCUCUUCUCCGUUGGAACCAGAGCUCUCCGGUUUGUCAUCUCUGGACCGGAGUUUCCUGCAACGCUAACCGAGAUCGAAUUGUAUCCGUUAGAUUGCCUGCGGUUGGAUUCAACGGUUUGAUUCCUCCUUUCACCAUCUCUCGUCUCUCUUCUCUCAAGUUUCUAAGCCUUAGAAACAACCAUUUCACCGGAGACUUCCCUUCUGAUUUCAUAAAUCUCAAGAACUUGACUCAUCUUUAUCUACAGCACAACUACCUCUCCGGUCCUUUAUUACCGGUGAUUCUCUCGGAGUUGAAGAAUCUUAAGGUUCUUGAUCUGUCUAACAAUGGAUUCAACGGAAGCAUCCCUGCUUCUCUGUCAGGUUUGACCAGCCUUAGAGUCUUGAAUCUUGCAAACAAUUCCUUCUCAGGGGAAAUACCCGAUCUUGAUCUUCCAAAGCUGAGCCAAGUCAACUUGUCCAACAACAAGCUCGUCGGUACAAUACCAAAAUCACUUCAAAGAUUCCAAAGGUCAGCCUUUUCUGGCAACAAGGUGAGUAACAACACUACCCAGAGGCAGAGACAACACAAGAUUCCUUUCGGGUUAAGCCAGAUUGCUUUCCUGUUGAUUCUGGCUGCAGUUUGCGUUUUGGGUUUCUCCGGGUUUUCCUAUACAAUGAUCACUUGUUGCCUAAGAAAGAAAUGUUUCGGGAAGGCUAGAAUCCCGGGGAAACUGAGGAAGAGAGACUCGUCUUCUUCUCCAGGAAACUGGACAGCUAGAGACGAUAACACUGAAGAAGGCGGGAAGAUUAUCUUCUUCGGGGGAAGAAACCACUCGUUUGAUUUAGAUGAUUUGCUAAGCUCAUCUGCUGAAGUUUUGGGGAAGGGUGCUUUCAGUACAACUUACAAGGUGACAAUGGAAGACAUGAGCACGGUCGUAGUGAAGAGACUGAAGGAAGUGGUCGUGGGAAGACGAGAGUUUGAGCAACAAAUGGAGAUCAUUGGUAUGAUCAGACAUGAAUUUGUAGCUGAACUAAAGGCUUACUACUAUUCCAAAGAUGAUAAACUCGCUGUUUAUAGCUAUUACAGUCAAGGAAGCCUCUUUCAAAUGCUGCACGGAAACAGAGGAAAGUAUCAUCGAGUGCCGUUAGAUUGGGAUGCUAGAUUGAGAAUAGCUACCGGAGCAGCGAGAGGGCUGGCUACAAUCCAUGAAGGGAACAAUGGUAAACUCAGCCACGGGAACAUCAAAUCCUCAAACAUCUUCUUAGACUCACAAUGCUAUGGCUGCAUUGGCGAUCUUGGCUUGACAACCAUCAUGAGAUCUCUUCCUCAAACCACUUGCCUUACUUCGGGUUACCACGCACCUGAAAUAACAGACACGAGAAGAAGCACACAGUUUUCGGACGUAUACAGCUUCGGUGUGGUAUUACUGGAGCUCUUGACAGGGAAAUCACCAGUGAGUCCAGCGGAACUAGCACCAACAACAAGACAAGGCGAAAACAUGGAUUUAGCUAGCUGGAUAAAGAAUGUGGUUGCAAAAGAGUGGACUGGGGAGGUGUUUGAUAUGGAGAUAUUGAGUCAGUCAGGUGGUUUCGAGGAAGAAAUGGUAGAGAUGUUGCAAAUAGGAUUGGCUUGUGUUGCUCUGAAGCAACAAGAUCGACCUCAUAUAGCUCAAGUUGUGAAAUUGAUUGAAGAUAUUCGAUCAGUUGAUGCAGAAUGAGACAAACAAAGUUGUAGUCUUUCUCCUUCAUAGAUCAUUUGUUUAUUAAAAUUGAAAAGUGAAUGCUAUUUGAGUGAUCGGUACAGAGCUGUUUUUGCAAAAAAAAAA